AUGGCUCCGAAACAUGGCCUGAAUGGUUCAAAUACGUCUUUGACCAAACGCGCAAGGGCAGAACCUUCAGAACCUACAUCUAUGAGCCCUCCUGCAUAUGUGCACGAUUCAAUAUCCUUCGAGAUCAAAAUCCCGGUUAUGAAUACGAGUAAAAAAGCAAAGGAGUCAAAACAAAAUGCGGAAUGGAGAUCGCAGGCAGAGGAACAUAUAUCACCAUUUCAAGGAUUUAAUGCUUCUGAGAAAGAACUCAAUUAUCACUAUACUGUUGUGCCCAAUACAGAGUGGAUGUCCAUGAGGGAAUACAAGAAGUUUAUACUCCAAGGCGAUACUUAUAAAAACAACCAAUUUGUCUACGUAAAGGGCAAGACAGAAGAAGGCACGGAACCGAGGGACUUUUGGACAGCAAGAAUAUUACAGGUUAGAGCUAAGGAUCCGCAGCAUGUUUAUGCCUUGGUUGCCUGGAUGUAUUGGCCAGAAGAAUUACCAGCAACAGCCAAAGCUGCGGGCGAGACAUCGGUAAAGCCAGGACGGAGGAAAUAUCACGGCAACUUAGAACUCAUUGCGAGUAAUUAUUUGGAUGUUGUAGACGUAUUGACUAUUGCAGGAAAGAUAGACCUGGUGCCGUUUUCUGAAAAGCUUGUUGACAACGCAGUGUCUGAACCAGCGCCUGGCAUGUUUUACUGGCGUCAAACGUUUUGUAGAGCCACUCAAAGACUUUCGGACUUGCCGGUCUAUUGUCUUUGCAAUGGCCACUACAACCCCGAUGUUCGCGAGUAUGAGCAUAUUUGCGACAAUAAAGCUUGUCAAAUUCUUUACCAUCCGCAGUGUUUGGUAGAGGAUGCUCUUGCCAAAAAAUAUUACGAGGAAUACCCUCAAAAUGGGACAGGACCAAGAGCGAAUGGAACCAAGCCUAAAGACAAAAAGAAAAAGGGUGGAAAGUCGAAAGAGAAGAUCUACUCAAAAACCUUCAAUGGACAAUUAGUACAUGACCAUGAUGAGCAGACUCCACCAAUGAUUAAAAUUACCGACAUGAGAUCGAAUCCUCCUACGGAAAUCCUGCAGCGAGUUACAUGUCCAAAGUGCUCAACUCUUUUUGAAUGA